AUGGAUGCGUGACGAGGAGGCAGGAGCGAUGAUCAUCGCAGUCCAAGAUUCAACGCAGAUCAUCGCAUCCUCAUCAACCUUGCCAGAGACAAACACCUUUUGACGUCGAGCAAGGCCUUCAUCAGAGUCUACACUUUGUUGGAGACAAGCCUGCGUCUCGUGGUGGUUGGCAACUGCCUGCUUCGGCUGUUCGAUGACCAGGGAACCUUGAGAAAGGGAGGUCACCAACUUCGGCUCAGGAGUCGGCUGCCUCUAGACGAGAAUGGGUCCAUUUCGGAAGAGACACUGCUCAACGCCUCCUCCAUUCCUGCGGCCAGCAUACUCGUUCGUCUCCUGCCAUACACAGAAGUAAGUGUGCAACAAUAUCUCCCUCUAGUCUAA